AUGGGAAGUGACCACGUACAGCUUAUUUUGCACACUGAAAUUCGAUGGCUCUCACGUGGAAAAAUUCUUCAGCGUUUUUUUGAGCUAAGAGACGAAGUUCGAGUAUUUCUUCUAGAAACCAGAUUUGUAGGCUUGUUAACUGAUUUUUCUUGGCUGUCUCAGAUAGCUUACUUGGCUGAUGUGUUUGAAUACUUGAAUACACUAAAUUUGAGUUUACAAGGAAUUUAUAUUGACGUUUUUCACGUUGAGGAUAAGAUCGAAGCAACUAUAAAAAAGUUUGAAAUUUGGGCAAUACGUGUUGAAAAGAACUCUUUCAGUAACUUUCCGACAUUACAAUCUUUUUUGGAAUCUUCGUGUGAAUGUCUAUCACAGGAGGUAAAGAGUGAAAUAUCUGAACACUUGUUGAGCAUGGCCAAAAUAUUAAGAAAAUAUUUUCAUCAACCUGACCCAAAUAAUACGUGGAUAAGAAAUCCAUUUCACUGUGAUAUUGAAAAAAUAGAAAAUCUCUCUGAACAGGAACAAGAUGAAUUAAUUGAUUUGGUAACUAAUGGAGAGAUGAAAAAUAUUUUCGACGAUAAAAAACUAAUUGAUUUUUGGUUAAUUGUUCAAAAUGAUCAAAAGCAACUGGCUGAAAAAUCUUUAAGACAUUUGAUCCCCUUUUGCACAACAUAUAGAUGUGAACAAGCUUUUUCUACCUACUGUUACAUGAAAAACAAAUAUCGUAAUAGGCUUAAUAUUGACGCUGAUUUAAGAGUUAAAAUAUCAAGCAUGCAGCCGGACUUAGACGAAAUUAUGAACAAAAAAGAAAUAUUUCACUUGUCUCAUAAAGUUUGA